AGGGCGGAGCUGCUCGGGACUCAUCCGGAAGCCGGAGGGCGCAGCGCACGCGGCACCCGCCUCGGAGCGCUCACGGGAUCGCCUGCGCGCAAAGAUCGGCGAGGGAGCCGUGGCUGGUUCUCGACGGCGCGCACGGAAGAGAAGGCGCGGCGGAGCGGGGAGAGCGGCGGCGUUGGCGUUGCGCGGCACAGAGGAAGGAUGCCCCGACGGAGCACCGCGCUGCACCUCGCGGCCGGCGGAUUUGGUGGCACGGCUGGAGCCAUCUUGACCUGCCCUUUGGAGGUGGUGAAGACCCGCCUGCAGUCUUCCUCGCUGGCCGUGAGGCCGCUGUGCCUUCCUGCGGUGCAGAUGCAAGGGGUGAACGGAGCACUGAUCCGCCCCGGACUGCCCUCCAUAGGGGCUCUUCAGCUCUUGAGAACCAUCUUAGAGAAAGAAGGCAUCCGUUCCCUCUUCCGAGGCCUGGGGCCCAAUCUAGUCGGAGUUGCACCUUCCAGGGCCAUUUAUUUUGCUGCAUAUUCGGGCGCCAAGGAGAAACUCAACACGGUGUUCGCGCCAGAGUCUAAGAAGGUUCACAUGCUUUCGGCAGCCUGUGCAGGAGUCACUUCUUCCACUUUGACAAACCCCAUCUGGCUGGUGAAGACCAGAAUGCAGCUGGAAGCCAGGGCCAAAGACGAGCGACGCACCAGCGGCUUCCAAUGCGCCAUGCGCAUUUAUCACACGGAGGGCCUGCGAGGCUUUUACCGUGGGAUCACUGCCUCGUACGCUGGCGUCUCUGAAACCAUCAUCCAUUUUGUUAUCUACGAGGCCCUGAAGCAGCGACUCAGAGAGCAUCGGUCGUUCCUGACUCCGACUCAUAUCUUUUCCCCAAGCAGCCAGGACUUCCUUGGGCUGAUGGCAGCAGCUGCCGUUUCCAAAACAUGUGCCUCGUGUAUUGCCUACCCACACGAGGUCAUCCGGACGCGGCUGAGAGAAGAGGGCUCGCGUUACCGCUCCCUUGUGCAGACUCUGCAGCUUGUGGUCCGGGAAGAGGGCCCUGGCGCUCUUUACCGUGGGCUCCUGACUCAUCUGACCCGCCAGAUCCCCAACGCGGCCAUCGUCAUGGUCACCUAUGAACUCAUCAUUCAUUUGGCAACCAAAAUGUGAUGCUUCCCCCUCCCUGAGAAUUGGCUAUUGUUGGCAUGUGCCUUUAGGAAUGUGAAGCCUUGAUAACGAUGAUCACAUUUCCCCGUUCCAUGGUUCGAUGAUGCCGUGGGAAAGGCUUGGAAGCUAGUGGCCUGUCUGUAAUCUUUUGUUUGCGAGCCUCAGUAACUGAAGGAUGGCUUCAGCUGUGCUGGGCCUUUCAUCAGACGCCUUAAAAGACAUCAGUGGGCAAGGGACCACUCAGAGAUGCAGUUGGACAGAUGCAAGAGUUUUACAUGCAGAAGGAACAGUGCCUAAAUGUAUGCGUACAGAGGGCGGCUCGGUUGGCAAACGCUCGUCCCCGGUGCCCCUGCCAGGCCAGGCUCCAGUGUGCUGGUUGUGCAAUUCAGGGCAGAGGAGGAAAGCGUUCUGCUCUACUUCCCCUGUGGCCCGAGUCCGGCUUGCCAGUUGGCCGGGAAGGCAGAGGGCUUGUACGGAAGCCACGUAAAAUGAAAGAAAAGCAGGAGGGGAGUCUCUCCUGGAAGCAGAGCGGUGCACCAGUGGUUAGUCUCAAAGGGAGGACUCCCCUGGCAGUGACACCCUGCAAUGGGCCUCCCACUCUUGCCGAAGACGUUGAUCUUUCCCUCCUUCCCUUUUGAGUUUGCCGCUGGCAACUUGCCAUCUCCUGAAGGCAGGCAGGACAGCUGUGCCCUUGGAAGUUCAGGGUCAGCUCCUGGCCCCUGCUCACGGAAGCACAGAAGCAACAUGGUCAAAGAGCCCUGGGGGUUGUGGUCCCUGCUGUAAAGAGAAACCGUUCGCUGUGGACAACUGGCAGGCUUACUUUCUAUUGCCUUGCUUAUGUAUGUAUUCCACUGUAGAGCUUGCCUCCCUAACAGGAGAGUCAUGGGGAAAGGCAUCUAGGAUGGGGUAUCUUUCAAGGGGGCAGGAGGUUGCUGCGCUGCGAUGGGGUGAAGAGCAGCCUGAAGGUGAAAUUUGGUGUGUCCUCCUGGUCAUAGCUUUAUGGGGGUUCACUGACUUCUGACUCCAUUUGUUGCAUAGGAGUAAGGAUGCAACACAUUAUUAGACAAACCGAAAUUAUUAGAUGUUUUAAGUUAAUGUUUCUUUGUGUUUUUUAAUAAAGUAUUUUAUUAAUAAAAAACCCCAAUGUUAACACAGUUCA